AUGGAUUUUAAGGAGGCUGUGAGGGAGUAUUGCAUCCAUGACGGUAGGAGAGUUAGAUUCAAGAAAAAUGAUAAAAUACGAUGCAGGGCUUUAUGUAAGGUUGAGGACUGUCCAUGUGUUAUCUAUGCCUCUAAGGAUAGUGAGAGUGUUUGCUGGCAAGUUAAAACCUUUAAUGAUGAUCAUACCUGCCCAAGAGAGACAAAAAAUAGAUUAGCUAACAGAGGGUGGUUAGCUAGCAAGUUGGUCAAGAAGCUUAGAAAAUUUUUGAAUCUGAAGCACCCUGAAGCUUUAACAUACUUUAAAAGUAAAUGUGACUUAGAGUUGAACAAAUCUUUGCUGACAAGAGCACUCAGAGAUGCAAGGCACAUUGUGUAUGGUGAUGCUGCUGCACAAUAUGGGAUGGUGAGAGAUUAUGCUGAGACUCUCCUGAAGUGCAACCAUGGUUCUACUGUGCGCAUCACAACAAUUCCUCAUCCCAACCAAUCAGAAGAGCCCACUUUUGACAAGAUGUACAUUUGUCUCGAUGGAUGCAUUAAGGGGUUUAAGACGGGAUGCAGACCUCUAAUAGGGCUUGAUGGAGCAUUCCUGAAAACCAGAUUUGGUGGACAAAUAUUGGCAGCCAUUGGACAAGACGCCAAUAAUCACAUUUACGUUAUUGCAUAUGCCAUUGUACCAGUGGAGAACACAGAUAAUUGGAGGUGGUUCCUUGAGCUGCUGCAUGAUGAUCUAGGAAGCUACACCCAAAAUGGAUGUUGUUUUAUUUCGGACAUGCAAAAGAUAACGACGAAUUUGUUAUACACUAGUUAUUACAUUGUUGCUGUCAUGUUUUGCUUUCAUGAUUCUGUUUCAAUAUGCCUGUAUUAA